GUUUCAGCUGACCCAGAAUCGAAUCGCGCGCGCCAGCCAGUCCUGCGGGAAAAAAUAAAAUAAAAGAAAAAAAUAGACAAAAUAUACAAUAUUAUAUGGGAGCGAACUGCGAAGCUGUAUUAUUAAUGUAGUGGGUAACUGACAACUGUGCCUACUGCCUACUGUUUUUUAAUAUCGUGCAAAAUUAAUACCUUUUACCGAACCACCGUCAAAUGCAAACACCGUGUGUAAGUCAUUCCGCAACGCUGUAGUGAUUAGUGUGUGACAUGGUGAUGUCAACGAUUAUUGUCGUGGACGGGCGUUUUUCUGUUGCUGGUGGUGCUAUGCCCGUCGUUGUACAAGUGUACUGUUAAAGAGACAUGAGUGUUGCGAUGGAACAGAACGGCGGUGGGGCCUUUGAUCCUGCUUUGGCCGGCCUAUUGGAGUCGUUGGUGGGAUCACGAGAUGCCAUUUCUGCAUCCAAAGAAGAACUGGACUUUUUGUCCAACUUAUUGCAAAGUAAGGAACUACACGCUCUGUUUAAAGUCUAUAACAGCAUUGUUGACCGGGUUCGUGAUGAUCGUCGAUGUUCUCCUGUAUUGUCAAGUUCUAUGCAAACUACAUUGGACGUCAUGGAAGUUAUAUUGCCUAGGAUUGCCCUCAGCGAUACAUCUAGACAACUUUUUCAACUAUUACAAAACCCUCACAUACAGGGACUUUUGUGUGCCCAUGAUGCAGUAGCUCAAAAAGACUACUUGCCCCGACUGCCAGACAUUCCUCAAGAGAUGGAUGAGGAUGAAGAGACAAUCAAGAUUGUUCAAUUGGUUAAAAGCACUGAACCAUUGGAUGGGGAACCUGAUUCAGCUGAACCAAUUGUGGGUGCCACAAUAAAAACUGAUGAAGAAAAUGGAAAAAUCAUUAUAGCAAGGGUCAUGCAUGGUGGUGCUGCAGAUAGAUCUGGUUUAAUAAAUGUCGGUGAUGAAGUUUGUGAAGUUAACGGAAUUAAUGUAGAAGGAAAAUCACCAGCAGAUGUACUCCAAAUACUACAACAUUCUGAAGGUACAAUAACAUUCAAAUUAAUUCCGGCAGACCCAAAAGGUGGAGCACGAGAAAGCAAAAUGAAAGUCCGAGCCCAUUUUGAUUUUAACACUGAUGUUGAUCCUUACAUUCCAUGCAAAGAAGCUGGCCUAAGUUUUACCAAAGGAGAGAUACUUCAUAUUGUUAGUCAGGAUGAUCCUUAUUGGUGGCAAGCCCGGAAAGAAGGAGACCGUAAUAUGAGAGCUGGACUUAUACCAAGUAAAGCACUUCAAGAACGUAAAAUAAUUCAUGAAAGAUUGUCUAUGGCUGAUCAAAAAAAGAAAUGGGUCCUGGAUACCAUUAAUGGGGGUUGUAUUGGUGGGGGCGGUAUGACAUGUUUGCCAGACCGUUCAUUAGCCAAGGACCCAUUAUGUGGGUCACUGGCCGCUCUGAACGAUCUCGGUGAAGACAUGGCGUCUGAAUGUUCGGUACGUACACGUGUUAAAAAAGUUAUCUAUGACGCAGCUGAAAGUGAUGACUAUGAUCGUGAAGACAUUGCAACUUAUGAAGAAGUUGUCAAGUUGUAUCCAAGACCUGAACUUCCUCGACCCAUUGUUUUAGUUGGACCACCUGGAGUUGGUAGAAAUGAGUUAAAGAGACGUAUUAUGGAAUUGAAUCCCGACAAAUAUCACACACCUGUACCACAUACAUCCAGAUCUCCUCGGCCCGGAGAAGUAAAUGGUAAAGAAUACAAUUUCGUCCCUAGAGAAUUGAUGGAAGAACAAAUAGCUCGUGGUGAAUUUUUAGAAUUUGGUGAAUACAAAGGCAAUCUUUAUGGCACAUCUUUAGAAAGUGUUAAAUCAAUCAUACGUUCCGGGCUUACAUGUAUUAUAAAUCCACAUUAUCAGGCAUUAAAAAUGUUACGCAAUCCUGAUAUAAAACCUUACAUUAUAUAUAUUAAGCCACCAAUAUUUGACAUAUUAAAAUCAACUAGAAAUGCAGCAUUUGCAAUGUCAACAUUUGAUGAGACAAAUUCUAGAGGUUUUACAGAUGAUGAGUUCAAUGAGAUUCUAAGGAGUUCCAAGAGAAUAGAAUUUCUUUACGAUCAUUGGUUUGAUGAAAUAAUAGUAAAUGAUGAUUUCAAGUCUGCUCUGGAGCAGUUAUUAGAAGCAGACCAUAAAUUAAAAACCGAACCAUUAUGGGCACCUGCUGCUUGGUUACAGUAAUUUUUACAUUAUGUGCGGAAACUAGUCAAUCAUUCUUAACUCAUCACCAAAACAGUAUUUAUUAAUGUCAAAUAGAACACAUCAAACUUCGACCAAAAUAAAAAUU